AUGGAGCCAAGUCUCCUGACAUCAAGUCACCUCACUGCACUUUCCUCCUGCACUCCGCGAAGGAGGUUGCCUGGUACUGAAAUUUUCUCGCCACGUUUGGCUACAAAGUCUACUGCCUUUUGGCUGCCUGCCGUGCCUGCAGCCGCAGCCGGCUUCAGAAAGAAAGUGCGGCUGCAUGCGCAGCGGCAAAGGCCUUCCAAGCCUCUAGCUCAGCCGAUUGCAAAGUCCACCAAGGGGAAGGACGAUAAAGCUGGACCAAAAGGCCUCGACGAAGGCGGCAACUCCAAUUUGAGAGAAGAGGACCAAGGCUCAGGAGAAUCACAGGAGCGAAGUCAGAAAAAAGAAAGAAGAAUGAAGGGGCUGCGCCACGCCGAGCUCAACCCUAAGGAGACGCCACGGAUUGUCCCUGCUGUGAUUGUUGACAAGGUGAGAUGGACACCGGCAGUCAAAGGUGGUGGUGAGCAUGGGAAAACUACGAUCAAGGAGGUGCUGGAGUCCGUGAGCUGGAGUGUCCAUCGCGGGCAGAAGGUGGGCCUCAUAGGGCCAAAUGGCUGUGGAAAGAGCACUCAGUUGCUAAUGCUUAUGCAAGAGAUCGAGCCCGGGAGUGGACGGAUCCUGAAAUUCCCAGAGGACAUGAAGAUUGCAUAUAUGCAGCAAGAGGCGGACUUGGACAACUCCAGGACUGCCUUCGAGGAGCUUUGUGCAGCCUUCAAUAUGCGACGCCUGGCCGACAUUGACGCAGACAUUGAGGCUUGCGCAUCGGCGGAGGAUUAUUCAGAUGAAGAGAUGGCAAAGUACAUCGAAGAGCGGACCGACACAGAAGAAGGCCUUGAAAAAGCCGAAACCAUGGUGUCGGAGCUUGGACUGGAUGCUUUUCGAGACACCUUAGUGCCGGAGCUAUCUGGCGGAUGGCAGAUGAGGGUUGCACUUGGAAAGAUCAUUCUGUCCAAACCUGACAUUAUUUUGCUAGACGAGCCCACCAAUCACGUUGACCUGGAGACGGUGGAGUUCAUGGAAGAUUUGCUGCAAAAGCAAGAUGCUGCGAUGGUCGUUGUUUCCCAUGAUAGAUACUUUUUGAACCAGGUGUGCAAUCGGAUUGUAGAAAUGUCUGACGGCACUUGCAAGACCUACUUGGGCAACUAUGUCGCAUACCUACAGGCUCGCGACGACGCUUUUGCCCUUGAGUGGAAGAGAUACAAUUUGCACAGGGACCGGGUGAAGGCCUUGAAAAAGAGGAUAAAAAGAUUGGAAGAGAGAUUCUUGUUGGACGUCCUUGCUCAAAAGAAACAGGAUUUGGAAAAAUUGCUUGCCACGGCUCCACCAAAGCCUCAGGUAAAAGUCGUCAAAAACUUCCGUUUUCCUUGUUGCUUGCCCACUACUGAUGACGAAGAUGAGAACCUGUGGGAAGACCAAGCCGAAUUGCCCAUCCUGCUCAAGGUUCAGAAUUUGGGAGUUCGAUUCGCUGACCACGUUGUAUUGGAAAAGAUCAGCUUCUUGCUGAGACAAGGGGAGAAAGUGGCCAUUGUAGGCCGAAAUGGCUGUGGGAAGAGCACACUGGUGCGCGCUCUCGUAAAAGACUUGGACACCAGCGCGGCAGUGGACGGUGAUGCGGCAAUUACAUCAGCUGGGGCUGCGUAUUUCCCCCAGCGACUGGCAGAGGCAUUUAAUUCAGAUGACGGGACUGUGAAGGAUGCCCUAUAUAUGUCAUGCAAACCGGAUGACAUUAACAGGGCUGGUGGCAUUGAUGCUGUUUUGGAUCGCUUGCGUCUAGAUGGCGUAACGCAAGAGCAGCCGGUUUCAAGCCUCAGCGGCGGUGAGAAGGCUCGUGUUGCCUUUGCCCAGUUCUUGCUGAAUCCUGUUGCAUUGCUGGUCCUCGACGAGCCAACAAAUCACCUGGACAUCCCAACACGGGAACUCCUGGAAGAUGCGCUGAAAGCCUUUCGAGGAGCUGCUUUGGUGGUGAGUCAUGAUCGGUUCUUUCUGCGGGAGUUUGCUACACGUGUCCUUGAGAUUUCGGAUGGCAUGCUCAAAGACUAUGACAGUUGGGAUGCAUACGAGGCAGCGGCCCCACCACAAUGGAAGAGUGCACAGGAUGCUGAGGUGGACUUCAUCAAACAAGACGCGGUGGUGAAAAAGGUAUGGUCUGGAAAGAAGAUGUCUCGUCUUCAAAAACGUGAGGGCAAGGCUAUUGGCUUGAGACGCUUGUCUUCGAGAACGGAGGAGUUUAUGGAGCCUGACAGAAGAUCGUCGCUUCACACCACCCCAUAG